AUGCUUGAGUACAGUUGCAGCUCCGUUGAUUGGAAGCCGUCUCCGGUGGUAGCCCUAGCUAACAGCGCCGACGAUACUCAAGUCGCCGCCGCUCGCGAGGACGGUUCUCUUGAAAUCUGGCUCGUCUCCCCCGGCGCCGUCGGAUGGCACUGUCAACUCACCAUCCAUGGCGAUCCGAAUUCGAGAAUCUCGUCGCUUGCUUGGUGCCGUGCUGGUUCUCAGGGACUGCCUUCCGGUCGUCUCUUUUCUUCAAGCCUCGAUGGUUCCAUCUCUGAGUGGGAUCUUUUCGACUUGAAGCAAAAGAUUGUCCUCGAAUCGAUUGGAGUCACAAUCUGGCAAAUGGCUCUGGCUCCUCCAGCUAAUGUUCCCUCCACUGAUGCAGUAUUCAAAGCUGAGAAUGGAUACUCGAGCGAGAAGUCAAAUGCUGAUGAAGAAAGUGGGAGUGAAGAAGAUGACUCCGACUUGGACGAGUUUCACGAUCAAUCAGAGGAUACGUAUAGGCUACUAGCAGCUGCCUGUGAUGAUGGUUGCGUGAGACUGUACCGUAUCUCUGAGUUGAACAAGUUGACUUAUUAUAGAUCACUGCCUAGGGUCAAUGGACGUGUCUUGAGUGUGGCAUGGUCUCCAGACGCGCAGAGACUCUUUUCGGGUAGUAGCGAUGGGCUGAUAAGAUGCUGGGACGCUAACUCCUGCAAUGAGGUAUACAGAAUUACAGUUGGUCUAGGUGGACUGGGAAGUGGCUCUGAGCUUUGUGUUUGGUCACUUCUUUCUUUGAGGUGUGAAGUUCUUGUUAGUGGAGAUAGUACAGGAAGUGUCCAGUUUUGGGAUAGUCAGUAUGGAACUCUUUUGGAGUCGCACUCUAAUCACAAAGGUGAUGUCAAUGCUCUUGCAGCAGCCCCCAGCCAUAACCGAGUCUUUUCUGCUGGUUCUGAUGGACAGGUUAUUCUUUAUAAGCUCUCUGGUAGCACAAACAGUUCUCAAGAUUUGAAGCCUUCUUCCCUUCAGAAAUGGGAUUAUAUUGGUUAUGUAAAGGCUCAUACACAUGACAUCAGAGCUCUAACAGUUGCUGUGCCAAUUAGUCGAGAAGAUCCCUUUCCGGAUGAGAUAUUGUCACAUGGAAAAAGUCGUAAGCUUCGGAAAAAAGGGAAGCCGGUUGACUUUACUUACCAUAAAUGGGCUCAUUUAGGUGUUCCGAUGCUCAUUUCAGCUGGUGAUGAUGCAAAGCUCUUUGCAUAUUCAAUUCAGGAAUUUACCAAGUUCUCGCCACAUGAUAUAUGCCCUGCGCCUCAGAGAGUACCCAUGCAAAUGGUACAUAACUCGGCGUUCAAUCAGACUUCUCUUCUCCUGGUUCAGGGUAUUAGUGAUUUAGAUAUUCUUCGACUUAACGUAAGCAGUGAUUCUAGUGGACGUGCCUCGACUAAGUCAUUAGUUCGUGUUAAAAGUAGAGAUGCAAGGAAGAUCAUAUGCAGUGCGAUUUCUAACACGGGGUCCCUUUUUGCUUAUUCUGAUCAAAUUGGCCCCAGUCUGUUUGAGUUGAGGAAAAACGAUAUUGCAAAGAGUCCAUGGAGUGUCAGUAGAAGACGACUUCCCACACUUCCGUUUGCGCAUUCCAUGAUUUUCAGUUCAGACUGCACUCGACUGAUAUUAGCAGGACAUGACAGAAGGAUAUAUGCUAUUGACGUUAAUAGUAUGGAACUAGUAUAUAGUUUCACACCAUGCCGGGAGGAGCAGGAAGGUGAAUCUCCACCUAUCGAGCCUCCAAUAACAAAAUUGUACACUAGCUCAGAUGGUCAGUGGCUAGCUGCUAUCAAUUGCUUUGGCGACAUCUAUGUAUUCAACCUCGAAACACAAAGGCAGCACUGGUUCAUAUCAAGGCUUGAUGGUGCAUCUGUUACAGCUGCUGGUUUCCAUCCCUGGAACAACAAUGCGCUUGUGAUCUCAACCUCCUCAAACCAGGUGUUUGCUUUUGACGUUGAAACCAGACAGUUGGGCAAGUGGUCGUUGCUCAACACUUACGUCCUGCCAAAGAGGUACCAAGAGUUUCCUGGCGAGGUCAUCGGACUCUCUUUCUCUCCGUCGGCAAGUUCAUCGUCUGUCAUAGUUUACAGCUCCAGGGCAAAGUGUGUGAUCGACUUCGGGAAGCCGGCAGGAGAAGACGAAGAGAAUGUUGAUUUACCAAACGGCAAUCUCUCGAAGACGCUAGAAGGUAAACUCGUGAACAUGGGGUUGAAAUUGAAGAAAGGAUCGAACCGAAAACGUCGGUUAGAAGAGUAUCAGGUAGAGGGUAAGAGUAAAGAGAGAAAGAACUUUGAGAUUUUACCCUCAAAGCACCCGGUUUUGUUCGUGGGUCACCUUUCUAAAAACUCAGUCAUGGUGAUUGAGAAACCGUGGGUGGAUGUUGUCAAGAGUUUGGAUACUCUGCCAGUGGACAGACAUAUUUUUGGAACUUAA